AUGUGGCAUUCCCCCCUGCCCAUUCCCCAUCUCCCCUACACCGCCCCUACCUUUCCCCCUUGCCCUUACCUCACCAUUCCCCUCCGGCCCAUCCCGUUUCCCACUCUCGUCCCUUCCUUUUCCCCAUCUCGCGUCCCACCCUUUCUCCCCCCCGUCCCAUCCAUUUCACCCUUUUCCAUCCCUCCCCCAUUUCCAUCCCUCCCCCUUUCCCACUGCUCCAUCCUCCCCCUUUCACACUGCCCGGGUUGCAUGGCUAAGGCGACUACGGGGAGCAUCGACGGGCACAAUGGCUGCAGGCAGCAAAGGCGCGACGGUAGCAAGCGGCUCGCUCCCUCCAGUCUCUCUCUCGCCGAUCCUCCCAAUUCUCCCUCCCCUUCCCCACUCCCGUGCACACCCUUUCCGCCACUCCGGUCUCUCCCCUUCCCUUUCAUCCGUCACUCCACUUUGCAACUCUCCAACCCCACUGCUGAUUCUCUCCCUUGCCCCUAUCCUUCACUCCCUUUCCCCCUGUCCUUCUCUCUCUUUCCCCCUAUCCUUCUCUUUCUUUCCCCCUGUCCUUCUCUCUCUCUCCCCCUUUCCUUCUCUUCCUUUCCCCCUGUCUUUCUCUCCCUUUCCCCCUAUCCUUCUCUACCUUUCCUCCUGUCCUCUCUCAUUCCCCCUAUCCUUCACUCCCUUUCCCCCUGUCCUUCUCUCCCUUUCCCCCUAUCCUUCUCUACCUUUCCCCCUGUCCUUCUCUCUCUUUCCCCCUAUCCUUCUAUCCCUUUUCUCCUGUCCUUCUCUUUCUUUCCCCCUAUCCUUCUCCUCCUUUCCCCCUGUCCUUCUCUCUCUUUCCCCCUAUCCUUCUAUCCCUUUUCUCCUGUCCUUCUCUUUCUUUCCCCCUAUCCUUCUCUUCCUUUCCCCCUAUCCUUCUCUCUCUUUCCCCCUAUCCUUCUCUUCCUUUCCCCCUGUCCUUCUCUCUCAUUCCCCCUAUCCGUCUCCCCCUUUUCUCCUGUCCUCCUCUCCGUUUCCCCCUGCCCUUCCCUCCCCACCCUUCCUUCCCCUCUCUUACAUCCCUUCCCUUUCCUACUAUCCCGUCCCAUCAUUCAAUCUUCUCUCGGCAUCCCUUUCCCCCCUCUCCUGUCCCACCCUACAUCCUCCGGUGGACAGCUGCGCCAGUAA